AUGGCCCGCUCCGCUGAACUCACCGCCGAUGAGCUCCAGCUCGAGGCCCUCGGCCACAAGGGCGAGCUGAAGCGUCAGUUCUCCUUCUUGUCUAUGCUGGGCCUCGCCUUCGCAAUUCUCAAUUCCUGGACCGCUCUUUCGACCUCGCUCUCUCUUGCCCUGCCGUCCGGCGGGCCUACUAGCGUCGUCUGGGGUUUGAUUACUGCCGGCGUCUGCAACCUCUGCCUGGCCGCCUCGCUUGCAGAGUUUCUCUCCGCCUACCCGACCGCCGGCGGUCAGUACCACUGGGUUGCUGUCAUCAGCUGGAAGGCCUGGGUGCCUGCCCUGAGCUGGGUCACGGGAUGGAUCAAUACCUUUGGCUGGAUCGCCCUCGUCUGCACCGGAGGUCUGCUGGGCAGCCAGCUUGUCGUUGGCGUCAUCUCUCUUGAGAACCCCAACUACGAGCCCCAGGCCUGGCACCAAUUCCUCAUCUACAUCGCCUACAACGUCCUCGCCUUCUGCCUCAACGCCUUUGCCAACUCGGCUCUGCCCUACGUCAACAAGGCUGCCAUCUCUUGGUCCAUUGUAGGCUUUGCUGUCAUCUGCAUCACCAUCCUGGCCUGCGCCUCUCCCAACUACUCCUCUGGCGACUUCGUCUUCCGCGAGUUCAUCAACGAGACUGGCUGGCCUGAUGGCAUUGCCUGGCUCCUUGGCCUGCUGCAGGGUGGUCUGGGUCUCACUGGCUACGAUGCCGUCGCUCACAUGAUCGAGGAAAUCCCCAACGCCGCCGUCGAGGGCCCUAAGAUCAUGGUUUACUGCGUCGCCAUUGGCACCUUCACCGGCUUCAUCUUCCUUGUUAGCCUCUUGUUCGUUGCUGGCAAUAUCGACGAUGUUAUCUCUUCCCCGGCUGGUCCGCUGCUGCAGAUUCUCUUCAACGCCACCAACUCCCACGCUGGUGCCAUCUGCUUGCUCAUCUUCCCCCUGGUCUGCAUGCUCUUCGCCACCACUUCCAUCAUGACCACCUCCUCUCGCAUGUGCUAUGCAUUUGCUAGAGACGGGGGUCUUCCCUUCUCCCGUCAACUUGCCAAGGUCCAUCAAGGCCUCGACAUCCCGCUCAAUGCUUUGAUUUUCAGCACUGGCUGGGUCAUCGUCUUCGGAUGCAUCUUCCUUGGCUCCAGCAGCGCCUUCAACGCCAUCACCGCUGCCUCCGUCGUGGCUCUUGGUAUUUCGUACGGACUUCCUAUCGCUAUCAACUGCAUGCGCGGACGCAAGAUGCUGCCGCCCCGGAGUUGGACCCUGCCGGAACCGUUCGCGUGGGUUGCCAACUUGAUUGGCGUCGCCUAUGUUAUCGUCACCACCGUCCUGUUCGUCUUCCCGCCCGAGCUCCCCGUCACUGGCUCCAACAUGAACUACUGCAUCGUUGUCUUUGCCAUCGUCAUCAUCAUUAGUGGUAUCACGUGGAUCUUCGAUGGCAGGAAGAACUUCCGUGGCCCCAAGAUCGACGAGGGCUUGGAGGUUAUCGAGUCGACCAAGGUUGGCCCGACUGGCAGCCUGGAAGGUGACAACAAGAUCGAUCCGGACUCGAAACACGCGGUGGAGGCUUAA